AUGGAUGGGAGGUACCAAUUCAAGUUCACACAUCCAUUGGCUGGCCCUUCCAAGCUUCUCCUGCCCAACCCAGAGCUCACCAGAGUAGUCGGGGGUGAGAACGUCGAUUUCAAACCCCCUUUGUAUACACUAGUUGGGCAUGAAGAUGAUUUGCGAGAAGAGGAGCCUGAACUCGAUCGAGGUGAGGAUCGAGCUGAGGCUCAAGGUGAGGAUCGAGCCCAGGGGAAUGCGGAUUUGGAUGAGCCUGAAUGUUACUAUUUUGAGGAGUAUCAGGCUCCAAGGAUGAACCCCUCUGUUGUGGCUGCUCACAAGAGGAUUGGACUUCUUCAAAAGUUCAACAAAUCGCAAGGGAAGGCCAUUGAAAAGAUGCAAAAGUCCAUGGACAAAAUGGUGAGCAAGAUCAAGAGUUCGGAGAAGAAAGUUUCUGGUUCUUCAUCCAAGAAGAAGAAGACACCCAUGACUCCUACUUUCCCUAGGAGUAGGUCACUCCUCACCACCCCAAGGAGGCUUCAUACCCAAGAGCCUCACAGAGCCUCAUCAUUUGAGCCAAGGGAAGGAGAAGACAACUUGCAGAGGAGGAGGAAGAGUUCCAAGGCUCGACGCUUUAACUCGACCACAAGACUCGAUCGAGUCCAAACAGAGGAAACUCAACUCGAUCGAGCUGACGGUCGAGUCGGUCUUGAGGAGCCACAAUUCGAGAACCCUGGGUUUGAGUCUUUUGGAGCAUUCUGGAGCAUAUGGGACGUGAGGAGCAUGGAGGGACUUGGCAUGGACGCAGCUCAACUGGAUACGCAAAGGAAGAAGGGAGAAGCCAUCUUGAAGACCAGCUCGACCACCUACUCGACCAACCGGUCGAGUUCCUCAACUCGACCGGCCAAGCUUCAACUCGAUCGAGCUGAGAAGUCAACAGUCAAACCCGAAAAAUGUUGCUUCCCCCUUGACUUUCCUUUGACCCUAAACCUAAAUCCUCUUGUAUUUAAAGGCUAA